UCAUUUCUUAAACUAAUAAAUCAUCUCACAGGAAGCGACUUUUCAACAUGAUCAAUGAUCUUCCCACAGUAUUUGAAGUUGUGACUGGUGCUGAGAAGAAACAGCAGAAAGAAAAAUCUUCAGUCUCAAAUCACAGUAUCAACAAAUCCAAGUCAAACUCUAAAUCACGAGCGUCUGAAUCUCAGGAAAAAUUGUCAAAGUCAGAGCCAAAAGAUGAAGAUGAAGGCUUUGACGAGGAAGAAGACGAGGAACAUGGUGAGACGCUUUGUGGUGCUUGCGGAGAGAACUAUGCAUCAGAGGAAUUUUGGAUAUGCUGUGAUAUAUGUGAGAAGUGGUUCCACGGCAAGUGCGUGAAGAUUACACCAGCUAGAGCCGAGCAUAUCAAACAGUACAAGUGUCCGUCGUGCAGUAAUAAGAGGGCCCGUUUUUGAUGUGGAAUAUGAAUCAUAUUUUAUGUAUUCUUGAUAAACUUCUUUUAAGUCUUUGCUGUUUUGGUCAUUUCUUGUUUGGUGAUACAUGUAGAAUUAACCUUGUGAAUGGUACUCUUGCUAGGCAGUCUUGCACUUGGUAUAUUAUUUUCUUCUCGUGGUUGGCAUUUGUCCUCUGUUUUAGUCGACUCCAUCUGUUGGACCAUCGCCUUCUCUUUAAAUAUGCAGGAAUCUCAGUUUGUUUUCUUGAUGAUA